CCUUUUUUUUCCAAAAGUUCACCCACCAAUUACAAAUGUCCUACCCAAGCCGAGCAGCAGGCGGUGGUCCCAGCACCAGCGCUGGAUCAAACGAUCGCCUCCGACAAACUCAAGACCAAGUCGAUGAGGUUGUCGGCAUCAUGAAGAACAACGUCGAAAAGGUGUUGGAGCGCGAUGCCAAGCUCACCGACAUCCAGGACAAGUCUGAGGCUCUUCGUGAUGGCGCCGAGCGAUUUCAGACCACUUCUCGCAAGUUGAAGAGGAAGAUGUGGUACAAGAACAUUAAGUUCAUGAUCAUCUUGGUCGUAGUCGUGCUCAUUCUCAUCGGUGCUAUCGUGCUGUGGGCGGCUCCUUGGAAAUAAUUAAUUGCUGGAUUUGCGUUUUUGCCGAUAUGCCCAAGCACUGGUCCUCGGUGGCCAGUCGCUCGUUUGUUUGCUUGACUCGAAACUGCCUCUGUCUAAUUGCUUUCUUUUUUUAUUACAAUGACGUGUUUGGGGAGGCGGUUGUGCCUCUCUGCGUCUUUUGUGAAGUGUUGCCAACCCCAGUAUGUUUUUAGUCGCUCGCUGAUUGUUUUUUUUUGUUCCUGAUGUUUACCUGUAUGGUGUUGUCAAAUUUUACGUGUUUGGUUCCAA